CGCAUCACACUAAGGCAGCCUCUGGCUGGCUUCUGUGGUGUCUCUCAGACAUCCACUCUCCGUGGGACUUUGAAAGCAAGGGGAGAGGAGGGCGAGAACCCAGCCACCACCCUCGAGUGCCUCGGGGCUCUGCCACUCAUCGUUUUCCUCUGAAAAGAAGGCCAUCUGGGCUGUGAGACAGCUGCCACCAUGAGUUUGGGCAUCAUGGAAGAGGAGGACCUGGCCGAAUACUUCCGGCUCCAGUAUGGGGAGCGGCUUCUUCAGCUGCUGCAGAAGUUCCCCAAUGUUGAGGAUCAGUCAGAUUCGCCAUCCAUCCGUCUCCUGGAAAAGAAGAAAGAAGCCAAGAUUAUGCACCAGGCUAUGGAAAACAAGAAGCAGACAUUCCAGCGAAGAAUGGAAACACUGAACCUGCGCUGGGAGGAACUAGGUGUCAAGGAAGAGCAGCUGAAAGCCCAUAUUCAGAAGUUUGAGCAGUUCAUCCAGGAGAAUGACCAGAAACGGAUCCGCGCCCUGAAGAAAGCCAACAAGGAGCGGGAGCUGAAGCGGCAGCGCCUGCGGGAGCUGGCCAAGGCCAAGCAGGAGAUGGCCGCUCUGCGGCUGGAGCACCAGAAGCUCAGCGUCAAGCUGCAGGACUAUGCCAUCUUCAACAAGUACCUGGAGAAGGUGGUGGAGAACUCUGAGUUUGAAGAGAUCCAUGAGGUGAUCGCCCGGUACAAGACGCUGGUGAGCAUGCAUCAUGACCUCAUGCAGUCGGCACAAGAAGGCCAGGAGAAGAUUGAGCGGGCCAAGGCACGGCUGGCCCGCUACAUGGAGGAGAAGGACGAUGAGAUCCUCCAGCACAACAAUGAGCUGGCAAGACUGCAGAUGCGCUUCGACCGGGCCCGCAGCGACGUCAUCUUCUGGGAAUCUCGCUGGGCACACAUCCAGAACACAGCAGCCAAGAAGACCCUCCUGCUUGGCACCAUCAAGAUGGCGACACUGAACCUCUUCCAGAUCGUGAGCAAGCAGCUGAAGGAGACCACGCAGGUGUCCCUGGAGGACACACACAAACAACUGGACAUGAUCCAGCAGUUCAUACAAGACUUGUCAGACAUCUGGACGGAAGUAAAGAAGAAGGAACAGCAGCAAGUCCGGGUGUAAGGAAGCGGUACGUUUCUAGAAUGUUCCGUGACACCGAGAAAGAGCGCGAGAAUGUUCCUACGGAGCUUGUGGUCCAGGCCCCUAGUCCAGCUGCUGAAGACCAACGGCUUCCUGAUGACACACCCUUUGUUGUUUUCCCCUGUGGCCCCAGUCUAUCCCAGCCCCAAGAGCACUAAAUGUUUUAAGAAGCUG